GGUAAAAGCAGCCCAGAGUCUCAGGCUCUCAGCGCGCACUGACAGCAUGGCAGGAGACAGCGACAGCAAGUUGGACAACCAAGCCGAAAAUGAGCAUGUUGUCAGACAACCUUUCCUCAUCGGGGUAGCCGGCGGCACUGCCAGCGGCAAGUCAUCAGUUUGUGGGAAGAUUAUGGAGCUCCUUGGCCAGAAUAAGAUCGACCAUCACCAGAGGCAGGUGGCCAUCCUCAGUCAGGACAGUUUCUACAGGGUACUGACCCCCGAACAAAAGGCCAAGGCUCUAAAAGGACAAUUUAACUUUGACCACCCAGAUGCGUUUGAUAAUGAGUUGAUAGUCAAAACCCUGUGUGAUAUCAUGGAGGGAAGAACGGUCCAAAUUCCAGUCUACGACUUUGUUACCCAUUCAAGGAAAGAAGAGACGGUUGCUGUUUAUCCAGCAGACGUGGUUUUAUUUGAAGGCAUUCUUAUGUUUUAUUCGCAAGAAAUCCGAGAUCUGUUUCAGAUGAAGCUGUUUGUGGAUACGGAUGCAGAUACACGCCUGUCACGCAGAGUCCUGAGAGACAUCAGUGAGAGAGGCCGUGACCUAGAGCAAGUGCUAAGUCAAUACAUAACAUUUGUUAAGCCUGCCUUCGAGGAGUUCUGUCUGCCAACAAAAAAGUAUGCUGAUGUGAUCAUUCCAAGGGGAGCUGAUAAUCUGGUUGCCAUAAAUUUGAUAGUGCAGCACAUUCAGGAUAUUCUGAAUGGUGGCUUGAACAAACGCUUGAAUGGAUACCUCAACGGCCACAACACACCGCGUAAACGGCAUCCCUCAGAGUCCAGCAGCAGGCCACAUUGACCAGCCCUAUACCAGGACAUCAGGGAAUGCAGGAGAGAAUGAAUGUUUGAAGGAUGGAUGCAAGAGAAAAAAGGAUUGCUUGUGCAUUUUGUUAAUUAGCCAACAUUGUAUAAGACAAAAAGAAUCACAAAUUCAAGAAUUUCAAAGACUGCCUUUUAUUUCAUUCUAUUUCCUCCUUUAUGUUUUUUUGUUUUGUUUUUUGGACUGGCUACACUUGAUGUUUUAGGAGUUAGAAAGAUAAACUUCUAGUUCUGUGAUUGUUAAAGGUCAAAAUGGAUAUUUCCUCACUAUUUAUUUUAGCAUUUCAUUUUGAGAGUAGUUUUAUUGAAUAAAAGGGGGGAUGCAAAUAAUUAAAUAUUUCAUAACUCCAUGGUAAUAAGGAUUGAACAUAAUUUUUUUUAAAUUAUUAAUAUUUUCUUUGUUAAUCGUUUUUUCUAUCAGAAAGGACUACAUUUGUAAAUUUAUUUAAAGAACCCUUUGUGUUUUUUUUGCAUCCCUGGAAAACCCUUUUGAGGCCAAAAACAAUCAAUGUUUUAAAAUUCCUUUUUUGUUCUUGGUUGUCAGUAAUGGAAUAAGUUUUUAGUAUUCUGGCAUUAUUGAUAUGAUGUCCCUAAGAUCAGUGUUUCUUGCUGAAGGAUAAACAUUUAUUCCUCCA